GCCCCGCGUGCUGCCGCUCCAGUCUCCGGGCGCUGCUUCUCGCCGUUGCGCUCGCCGCGACCCUUGCGGUAUGUGGCUGCCUUUGGCAGGGAGCACAUGAAGGAUUUCAUUGAGUGUGAAGACAGAGAGCAGAGACAGAAAGCAGAAGGAGGCGGCCGCUGCCUUUGUAGUCGGGGAGGAAUGCGGAAAUGUUGAAGCACUAUGUCAAAGUUUUUUGAAACGGGGUCAAGUCACAUUCAGCCAGCGUGGGAAACCAAGGGGGAGAAAAAAGUUGAGGCGAGGUGGGGGGAAGCUCUGUUGCUCCUACUGCUGCUCCCAGACUGAGCACAGGAGCCGGGAAGGAGAGAGAGCGAGGAAGAGAGACGGAGAGGAACGGGCUUUUCUGAAAAGCGGCAGCGGCAGGAAAGAGUCGCCACAGGCAGGCAGUGAGGAGAGCUGGUGCGAGAGCCCCGCACUCAGGGGAGACUGAUCGCUGCACGCCUUUGAUCAGCCCCGGAAUAGUUAGCACAAGCUCCUUUUUUUUUUUUUUUUUGGUGCUUCCCCAGAGGGAGGGGAGAAGCUGGGUGGGGGUGUUGAGAUUCUUCUCUCUGCAUGAAGGUACAGCCUGCCCUACCGCUUGCAGAAAGAUGCGAACUCAGGGCAGGAGCACAGCCCUACAGGAGCCGCUGCGACUACCUGUGUGGCCCCAGCGGCUGCUGAGACCUGCUGGAACCUCAGCCAUCACCAUGUGAACGCUCCGGAUCCGGUUCGGUUCUGCUCUCCGGCUCAUCGCUGUGAUGAGCAGUUAAAUAUUAUAUAUCUAUAUAUUUGUUUCGCGUUCUCUCGCUCCCUUUUUCCUCCCUGUUUUCAAUUUUUUAACCCCUGCGCUCCUGGAGACCACUUAAGUGGGAGUUUUCUCUGAAGAUCGAAGCAGCUGCAGAGCAAGACCAGAUCUAAUUAGCUUUAUACAAACAAUGAUCCCAAAGACUAUGAGAUAAUUGCCACUGGCCAAGCAAGAAGGCUCACGGGGGGCAUUACAGCCAUUCUGGAAGGGUGAGAGAAACUGUCCUGCCUGCUGGUCCAUCUGUAAAAGACCUGGACAGUCUGUUCCAGUAGCAGCAAAGUGCUGAUUUGCAAGCUGAGAACCAGGAUAACAGCUACAGCACCUGCAACACCGCAGAACGAACUGGGGAAGAAGGAAAGCAGUGCCGUCAUGGAUAAAGACAGCAUGACCUUAGCUGAUCAACAAUAUGAAUGCGUAGCUGAGAUUGGUGAAGGAGCCUACGGGAAGGUAUUCAAGGCCCGGGACUUGAAGAAUGGAGGGCGCUUUGUAGCACUGAAGAGAGUGCGGGUACAGACAAGUGAGGAGGGAAUGCCACUUUCCACCAUCCGUGAGGUGGCUGUAUUGAAGCACCUGGAAACAUUUGAGCAUCCCAACGUUGUCAGGUUGUUCGAUGUAUGCACAGUGUCCCGAACAGACCGUGAGACGAAACUAACACUAGUGUUUGAACAUGUUGAUCAAGACUUGACCACUUAUUUGAAUAAAGUUCCAGAGCCUGGCGUGCCUAGCGAAACUAUAAAGGAUAUGACAUUUCAGCUGCUACGUGGGCUUGAUUUUCUGCAUUCACACAGAGUGGUCCACCGUGAUCUGAAACCACAGAACAUUCUAGUAACCAGCAAUGGACAGAUAAAAUUAGCUGAUUUUGGGCUUGCACGUAUCUACAGUUUUCAAAUGGCUCUUACUUCCGUGGUUGUCACUUUAUGGUACAGAGCUCCUGAAGUUUUGCUUCAAUCUAGUUAUGCAACCCCGGUUGAUCUUUGGAGUGUUGGCUGCAUAUUUGCAGAAAUGUUCCGCCGAAAGCCACUUUUUCGUGGAAACUCAGAUGUUGAUCAGCUAGGAAAAAUCUUUGAUGUAAUUGGGCUUCCUGAAGAAGAAGAAGAUUGGCCCAGUGACGUUGCCCUCCCAAGGAAUGCUUUCACUUCUAGAGCCCCGCAGCCCAUUGAAGCUUUUGUCGCGGAUAUUGAUGAACUAGGCAAAGACUUGCUACUUAAAUGCUUAGCAUUCAAUCCCGCCAAGAGAAUAUCGGCUUAUGAUGCCUUAUCUCACCCUUAUUUUAAUGAUCUGGAGAAAUGCAAGGAGAAUACAGACUCGGAUAUGUCAUCCAGUCAAAAUUCCACUGAGAUGAAUACACCAUAAGUCUGCUUCAGGCACAAAUGAGCAAAAUAUAUAGCUGAUAAGGUUGCCAUCGAAGGUAAAACAAAAACAUAGUUGUUCAACUGAAGAUGAUUCCCUGGAAGCUUUACACGGGGUCUUUGUGCUGCUUCAGGAUGACGUUCUGCUUCUCCAAGGAAAAGAACCUAGUUACCUUCAUCAAAGCAAUGCAAGAGGCAAGACUUCAAUGACUCUCACCAUGGCUUGAUGUUUCUUUAGUUAACUAUCUGGAGAUCUCCAGGUGAAGAGAAGCUGCUGACCAGUUUUGCUGCCAUUUUCUUCUUCUAACACUGAAUGAUGCCAGCAUACAUUAGAAGCAAUCUAGUCUCACUACCAAAACAUGACUUAAUUUCCAGUCCUAGGUGCUGACACCUGAUUUGGUGCCUCUGUGGAGUUACGGUGAUAGUUUGCUUGCUUGUUUGUUUCAAAUCAUGACCGGAAAGUGAUUUCUUAAAGCAAUAUUUAAAUGAAUGUCAUUGAAAUGUUGAACCUCUAUAGCUUACAGAUAUAGGAGCUAGUCACACGACCUACCAGGCAGGCGGGGGGAAGGCUGCGCAAACCCAACCUUCCCCCCACCCGCACAGUCAGUAAAUGUGCGCUGGAAGCACAGACCACGCUCCCAGACGAUCAAGCUCCAGAGGGCCAGGACAAUGCAUCCCGGCCUCCAGGAAUCCCACAAUACACCACACGCUGAGCACAGUGUAUUGGGGGAUUCCCCCAGGAGACAGGUGCUCUAGGCACCCAUCUCCGUGUCUCCUUGGGCUGCGUGCAGCUUGAGGAGACACACGAUCCCAGAGCCUGGGUUAAGGGUGUGCUCACUCCCUCAACCCCAGCGAAAAGUCAGGUUAAAAAGCUGGGCGAGGUGGUGCUGCCCCACCGGGAUCGGGCCCAGUCCUAGAGGUUGGCAUGCAGCCUAACCCAGGCUGGGCUUCCCUAGCCUGGGUUAGGCUGUGUGUGAGAACAGCCUCAUGGCUUGAUCUUUACAAAUGUGUACAAAAACAUAUGGCUGUUAUAUUCAUGCAGUUAUGUCCUUCCCUGAUACAGAACAUGAGAUAGCGCUCCCUCCCUCCCCCCACCUUUUAUUUGCUCUUCAUAAUAGCCUAUGUCUCUGACACAAGGGGGAUUAUUAACAAGAUUAUGUACAUGUGGUAAAGGAAAAAGUUGGGGUUUAAAAAAGUAAAUGUGUAGGGAUCACUCCCUUAGUCUGCUGAGGUUAAUGUCAACCAUUGCACACUGUAUCAUCUCUGUUCUUCUCUCAUAUGCUGUUAUGCACCGUUGACAAUUAGAUAUAUGCUGAGCAGCUCAAAGGAGUAAAUAUAAUACAAACCAAGUGUUCCUUUUAUAUUGUUUCCUUACAUUUUUCUAUAGAAGGGGAGGAAAAUGGGAGACAGUGGUUUUUCUUCAUUUGGAGAAAAAUGAGAUUAAGGAAGCAAUUUGUUACGGCAUCAUUGCUGCCAUGCACAUGGCAUGCCACGGGCAGCCAACCUGAGGCUCUUCAGCUAUUGUUGCUCCCAUUAUCUCCAGCUGCAGUACAUUGCAGCUGGGGGUAAUGGGAGUUGUAGUCCCAGCAACGGCUGAAGAGCCAAAGGUUGGCCAUCCCUGCUGUAUGCCAUGAGGUGCACAACUCUUAUUGCUACCACAAAGCAGCCCAGAAUCCUUGACAUUUCAUGUAAUUUAGCAGAUUUUAUUUUUCUAUAUAGUAUUGUGUGAGGAGUCCUUCUGCAUCCUCACUUAGAUUUAUCUAUGCUUACUCUUUCUAACUUGCUGUAACUUAAAGCCAGCUUUAAUAAAUAAUUCACCUAGCUGCCUUAGCACAAUUAUUUUAAAUAUUACAUUAAAUUUUGUAUAUAUUUUAGUUAAAGGUUAAAAAAAUAGAAUUUUUAAAAGAAGUUUUAUUUUUGUAGUAUGGUUUGAUGAAAUAUUUUUAAUCCACAAAAUAAAGAUGUGCACCUGA